GGUUCUAAGUUUCAACUUCUUACCUUACAUUUGAUUGACCUUGUUCAACCCGUUAACGGUACGAAACGUAUCUUUUCUUUUUCCCUUCUUGAAUCUCACACAUGAGGCGAGGCGGUGUGUAACCUUCCAAUUGCUCUGCUUGGGGGUUUCGGAUCGCCCGCUGUCACUGCACACACAGCACACGCACACUUAGAAACCCUAGAAACCCCAACUAAAUUUACAACCUUGGUAAAAAUUUCCGCAUAAUCCGUUCAAUCCGUUCAUCAAAGAUCCACGAUUCGCAAGUGAGAGAGUCAUUGGGAUUUAAAAAGGAUUAUGGUUGUUGAAACCUUUCUCCGCAUCUGACGUUUCCUCCCACUUAUCAAUUGAGAUACAUGUGGUAAAUGGUCACCUUUUAUCAAGUAAAGUCUUGGAUACUUGCAAAAGAUAUUCUUUUCAGCCUCAUGCUAUUGUUUUUGGAAUAACAAAUUCACGAAAAACCCCAAUCCAUACAAACUGUCAUUCCCUUUUCCUUAUGUACUUCGACAGCUCUGCAUCUGAGAAGCGGUGACAGGGCUAAUUCAAUAUUAACCCGAGUAAGCCUCACUGCACUGUGCAUGCGUUGUGUGGCAUAUGCAGCUCCUCAUAGUAGUGUGAGCUUUGUCCGAAAACAAUAUACACCAGCUUACUUUCCACUCCCAAGGUCACAAAUUUUGUAUUCCGUCCGUCGUUUUUUUUUCUUUAUUCUCCAUGGCUACUGCUUCGAUCAAAAGAAGUGCAAGUACGGAUGGUAAAAGGCCAAACUCGCGGCAUCGUUAUGAGAAGGUCAAGGCAAAACUCGAAAGGGAACCUCGUCUACAACGCGAAAGAUCUAGUCCAAAUGCUUCGCAAUAUCGGCCUCCUCCGCGACAAACUUUGCAAUACCAUCAACGGGUACUCAGCCCAAUGAAAACGCCAUCUCCAUGUUUUCCCUCCCCCUCACCGCCUCUUAAUGUCUAUGCUGCUCCGGUCAUGGAACGAACUCUCUCUGGUGAUUCGAUUGUCUCUGAUCACAACCUCUCAAUACCUUCUCCUGCUCUCCACGACCAUACGAUUUUGAGCGAUGACCAAGCAGCCAAUAUCGUUGAACACCACUUUCUCUACAACCACCCUCCAGACCACCACUAUCUCGAAGUCGAACUUCAGAAUCUCCUCCUCAAAGCUCACCUGUCCGAUCCCGCUAUAGACCGCAUCAUCUACCUAAUCGACACGAUAUUCUUCCACAACUCCCUACACAAGCGCGUUCGACUUUCCUGGUCCUCGCCUUCCCAGCCUCGCUACUCGUCAGAACUCAUCGGUACCACUGCUCUCCGUCCCUCGUCUCUCGGGGGCUUCGAAACUCUCAUAGUUUUAUCCGAACCCAUUUUGAGAGAUCCGAAGUAUGAUCGGAGAUUAAUGUUAAGUGCGCUGUUGCAUGAGUUGGUGCAUUGCUAUCUAUUUGUGAAAUGUGGGUGGGGGGCAAAGGAGAUGGGGGGACACACGGAUGGGUUUCAUAGGGUGGUGGGUGUUAUUGAUGGGUGGGUGGAGCGGUGGAUCGGAAGGGAUUGGUUGAGGUUGUGUAGCAUGAGGGCGAACUUGGAGCUUUUUAAAGUGAGGCGGGAAGCGUAUGGACCGGGAUGGCAGGGGGUUGGGGAGUGGAGGGGAGAUGGAAAUGUGGAGAGAGGAAUGAGACAACGGGAAAGCAUUCGGGGGGUUCAUCAUCAUGGGGAUUAUCCCCAUGAAGGAUGUGGACAGAGUCCUGGUCCAGGAAUGGAUAGAGGAUUGGGUUAUGCACGUCAUGCUCUUCCAUUUCUUUCCAAUGCUGGAGAUGAGGGAUUUCGAUAAUCUAUCUCGUCUCUGUGCGCGUGAUGGGACGGCAGUUUACGUUAUUCCAAGCUUUGGAUUAUAAUUUUCUUUUUUCUUCUCGUCUUUCGAAAAGCUUUCUUUUCGUGUGGAUCACAUCACUUUAGCGCGGCGAAAGAUUGGAUUCGGUGCGUUUGACUUUUUUAUUUUAUUUUUUUAGCAACUAGCAUCAACGGGUGCAUUUAGAGGCGUUGGAUGGCCAUUCUAGGGGGCCUUCUUCUCAUGGGGAUAUCGUCUUUGGAGGUUAUGAUAUGAUGGGUUUUCUUGUACAUGCUAAAAGUUCACGAUCAAUGGAGGGAAAGAUGGGGGAAUGGAUCUGGCAUCGAGGGAUAGGAAAUUUACAUUGGGUUCCAUGGGAUAGGGGACUCGAAGUAGGAAUAGGAUUUAGAGAUGUGUAGUUUGUAUGUAAUAAAUACGUUUAGUAGAGAGUUUUUUUUUUUGGUUUUUUUUUUUGAGUAUUUUAAUUGAGAAGGAUAUUCAUUUUUAUUGAUGAAUUAGGAAAUCAUGUCAUCUAUUUGGAAUAUGUAUAUAUGUAUAUAUGUAUUUCUAUAUUUCUGUCGAAGUUCUAUGGGCACAAUACAAUACA